AUGGAACUAGUUUCCGACGAAGAACUUGAAAAAGGGCUCAUCGCCGCUGGGAACAGUCUUCUUCGUCCUCCGUCUUCGGUCAAGGAAUUGAUCCAUCUUCUCGAUCAAAUUGAGCAACUUUUAUCAAAAGUUUGUCAGUCGCCCUCCACAGCCAUACUAGCUGCUCUUUCUCCGGUAAGCAAAGCCCUGGCGGCAAAAGAGCUACUGAAGCAUUCCGACGCGGACGUAAAAGUAGGCGUAGGUUGUUGCUUCAGCGAGUUAAUCAGAAUUACUGCUCCAGAGGCCCCGGAAGACGACGAGACAAUGAAGGAUGUGUUUGAAUUGAUUGUGUCGUGCUUUGAGAAUCUGUGGGAUGUAUCAAGCAGAUGGUAUGGGAAAAGGGGGAGUAUGCUUGAAUCCAUGGCCAAUGUGAGGUCCUUUCUGAUCAUGUUGGAUAUACAUUGUGAGACUAUGAUUGUUGAGAUGUUCAAACACUUUCUCAAAGUUGAUCGUCAUUAUGACGAAAGGAUGUUCGAAUCCAUGGAGAUAGUUAUGACUCUUGUUUUGGAAGAAAUCGACGAUUCCUCAAAGGAUGUACUCAACCCUAUUUUGGCUACUUUGAAAAGGGAAAACGAGGCUCAUCAUUUUAUGACGACGAUUUCGAGUACAUUGGCAGAGAGGGUUAUUCAGAAUUCAGUGGAGAAGAUUACACCUUACUUAGCAAAAGCUGUAAAAUCAUUAGAUGCUUCUUUCUAUGAUUUUGGUGAAGUUGUAGCUUCUGUAUGCGCACAAGAGGACCCCGGUUCAGUCACUGAUGAAGAUACCCCAAUAUUAUGA